CGCUAUGCGCCCGGAAAUUUCGCGAGGCAUAUGCAGACCUGCAAAGUCCCUGCGCUUUACAGUAUAUGCGCCAAGGAACUCAGCGAAUGCAUAGACGUACAGACAUCCAAGUGACCCUUAUAAUAACUAUGCGGAUAAUUAUAUUGUACAUUAAUUAGAGUAUGUAUUUAUUAUACACCACUUAAGGCCAGUUUGCGUUCUUUAGUGCGAGCAACAACCCAGAAUGAAUACCUCUGUAUCGUUCCGCUGUAAUUGGAUGGUAGCUGUCUCCGUACUGAUCACGAAUUCCUCAUCGCCUUCCCCUCCAACUAACCUCGCCCACAGAUUGCGAAUCUCCGCAAAAUUAGUGCGGCACUGCAUGUCCAACUGGGUGUAAUGUUGAGCGCAGCCAGUUGAACUGGUCGGCGGUAGUUGCCGGCACUGCUGAUUGGUCGCAGCGCAGAAGAGUGAUAUGCUGGACAAACGCUUCAGACGAUGGAGCGGCUGCAGCGGCGAUGGAAGAGCGUAUCAUUCUGUACACGAGGGCAGCUGUGCAGUGUGUGUGCGAAUAUGUACUCCGUAGUGGGCCAACUGCAAAUAGAUUUCGGCUCUGCGCUACUCACUCACUCACCAUUCGUCAAGUAUUUGCAUUAGCAAUCCAAUCCGGCAUGCUGUGUCGUAACGCCAGUCAAGCAUACGCUGCUCUACGGUCUAGAUGGAGCAACAGCGGCAGGCUGCAGCAGAGAGAUAGCAGCGAAUCUGACUUGUCUCCUCUUUUAACUGCCGUACGAGCACGACAAUAUUGGAUGUGGAAAUGUUGAAUUUCAAGUGCAGUGCACCUCGGGAAAAGUGCCAACAGUUGUUCAUGCUGGCCAUAUUAUUACUAUGUGUGUGACUGUGUCGUAUACGUACGUUAGUAACAAUGCAUGGACUAAACUGCAACUGUCGGUGAGUGGCAGUGUGAGCGAUUAUUACCUUACUCCGGCCUAAGUAGAGUUUGAAAGUACAUACGCGCACACGGGUGGAAUUAUUGCUGUUGGUUAACGUUACGUGGAGUUUGUGUUUGGAUAUUCAAUUCCGCAACUACUUAUCAAAGCCAAGUGGUCAGAUCGCCGCAGAACAGUCUCAGUUCUCAACAGUCCCAUCCAAAGCGCACUUGUGACUAUUCGUUUGGCUUGGCUAUCUAUAUGUCUGUAUAGUACUUGAUGAUUAUCCCCAAUACAAUGCCAUAAUGAUAUCCAUAUGUCCGGCACUUCACUUGUGACGCUCAUUUCCAUUUAUCCCUAUUGAGUCGAUGAUUGCCUCAAUUGCGCGACGCAAUGGACUACUUAUCGUCAGCUGACUUCAACAUGACGGCCGGCAGUAAUCUCAACCACCCCAACAACUGCAGCUCCACUUUCUCCGUCAAGAACAUCCUGGCCGCCGAGCACCAGAACAUGACGGCCUACCAGAUGGCCGCCGCCGCCGCGGCCGGCUACGACUUCCCGGUCUAUCCCGGCCAACUGCCGCCCGGGGGUGCCGGCAGCCACGGCCCGGCCCAUAAUUACGCUGGCAUGGAGUACGGCGCGGCGGCGUCCUCCUUCCAGUACCCGUACGCCGGCGUCAACGGCAGUCCCAUGAACAACAACGCCGGCGCCUUCAACUGCGCCUACCCGCCGGGUGGCGCCUAUCUGGGCGCGGGCGGCCGGCUGCCGGCCCAUCCCUCGGGCAUGAUGGGCGCGCACGGGCACGGGCACUCCUCCGGCUCCUCCGUCGCCCAUCUGCCGCUGACGUCGCCGCACGUGCAGCAGCUCUACGAUCUGAAGCCGCCCACCACGACGGCCCUCAACGCCGAGGCCCUUAUCAAUGAACUCACCAGCCAGAACAGCGGCAACGCCAACGCCAACGAGAAGCACUCCAGAGGAAGCCACCAAGACGACAUGAAGGGCAAGUUAUCCGGCGGGGACGGCCUUCACCACCACCUGCACCAUUCGCACCUGCACCACCACGGCGGACUCGGCAACGAGCCCUGCCUGCUGAAGCAACGCCAAAGAAGGAAGCCGCGCGUCCUCUUCUCGCAGGCGCAAGUCUACGAGCUGGAGCGCCGUUUCAAAACCCAAAGAUACUUGUCCGCGCCCGACCGCGACCUCCUCGCGCAGCAGUUAAAGCUGACACCGCAGCAAGUGAAGAUCUGGUACCAAAACCGUCGCUACAAGAACAAACGGCAGUCGCAGGACAAGACCAUCGAACUGGCCACGCAAAGUUUAAUGAAUCCGGGGCCGCGGCGCGUGGCCGUCCCGGUGCUAGUCAAAGACGGGAAGCCGAUGGCCGGCGCUGCCGCUGCGGCCAUUUCCGUCAGCGUCAACUCCGUCACGGCGGCGGCAGCGGCGGCGGCGGCCGCAGCGACCACGACGGCCUCCUCGGCACAUGCACAUUCCGCAGCCAGCUACCCUUCCUUCGCCUCCCCCGGCGCCGGCUCCGGGCCCGGCUCGCUCUUCCCCUCAGCCUAUCCCCUCUCCAAAUCAGUCUCCUUCGCCGGCAACGCCUCCGCCGCCGAAUCGGAGAAUCAGCCGCUGACGUCACCCAACUGGUAGCAGUGCAGUACACUCUGCAACUGCAUAAAGUAGCCUAGCGCCGGCUGAAACUGAAAGCAUUUCAUUCCCAGCGACAACAGUCGCACUGUGUGUUUAGCCGCAACGAGCGACGAGCGUUCGGCACAAACCGGUUUCUGCAAGCCGGGAAUUGAAGGCAUGGACUGCAGUUGAAUGAUUCUAACCACGACUGGAUGCAGAAGAGCAACAUAAUACCGAGCCGAAAACGAGGCAUCUUGUUGAAUGUUGACCCAGCGGAUUUUGUUACACAGAAACGGCAUACUGUACAUACAAUUGCAAGGUUGAACAGUUUUCUCCACUCCGUAUACAUGUAAAGCUGGAUUGUGUGCAAUGUACGCGUAAUGCGCUCCUCCGACGUUCCAUUGCGGCUGCAUGCCGCUUAAAUGGGCGCGCCGGGUCACUGGCAAACUGGAAUGAAUCUCUCUUCUCAGACAAACUCUACAUGAAUUCUCAAUAAA